CUCACCAACUUUGUUAUGUGGGGGCAAAGUUGAGGUAGUUAUAUGUCAGCGUUAUCAAUAAACUCCAAGAAGAAGUUUGAAUGAAUACAUUCAUAGGUACAGUACAUGUCAUCUGCUCUCGAUUAGAUUCUCACUGAAUGUGGAAGAAUUGCUCUAAGAUUGCAUGCUCUACUUUUUUUCAUCUCUAUUUCAAAACCAUGAAACUUGGUUUCUAGAGUUUUUAUUCAGUCACCUAUAUAUUCUAUAUUUCUGUUAAAUGUUUCUGUAGGCAUCCUUUUACUUUUAACCAAAAUUGUUCUGAAGACCUUCGAUUAUGUUAACAAGUAUUUUUCUUUUGUUAAUUUGUAUACUAAAACCUUAUUCCGGAUAAGAAUAGUUCUUGUGAAAUUUAACCCCCCUCAUGUUUCUCUCUCCAAAUUUCGACUCGAAGUAAUUUGGCUCCAACCUAGUCCCAUGAACAAACACAGCCAUGUCAGAAAGCAAGUUCACAUUUUGUAUUGAUAAGGAGAAAGAAGCUUCUUUCAGUUGUAUGAAAAACAAAUCUGCUAAUGUUUAUAUUAGUUAGACUCAUUCUCAUACUUCUUGAAUUGUGGCUGACUAGCUAUAUAUGGCUCUGCUCUUGAGUUCUAGGAUGGCGGUCGCAAGUGUUCAUUACUACCUAAAUUCUUUCAAGGACAUGAAUUAUAUUCGACUAUUAAACAUUUGUUAUGGCGGACUAUGAAAUCAGGUGCGCCCCUGUGACUUGAAGACGACCAUUAUGAGGUAACCCAUUUUAAUGCUUGUUUCUUCCUUGCAGUUCUUUGUGUUGUUCCUUUUGCUCUUCCUUGUCUGUGUUGUUCCUUGUUUCUUCCUUGCAGUUCUUUGUGUUGGUUUUUGGUUUAUGAUGGAAUUCAUUUUGUGCUUAAUUAGUGCAUUAGCAUGUCUCUUAAUGUUGUGUUUGGUUGGGGCGAAUGAUUCCGGAAGGAAUGGAAUGAAAAAUGAACUAUCUUAUGGAUGAUUUUUAAGAAAUUUCAUUCCUUCCUUCAUUCAAUUCCCUACAUCAUAUGCUAGAUAUCACCCCUUCCAUUUGAGAUGGAAUGCUCCAUUCUCUCUCAUCCUCAAUUUCUUCUCAAAUCUCAUCAUAGCAAUUUUGCACUCUUUCAAAUUUUUUCAAAACUUUCUUCCUAUCUUUAUUAUUUUCAAGUAUUUUUUACUCAUUCCAUUCCAUUCCAUUCUCCCCAACCAAACACAACAUUAGUUUCUAAUCCACAUUUUGAACUCAUUAGGUAACAAGAACAUAUUUAUCUUGGCAAUAUCUGGUUUUAGUCCUUGUCAUGUGCUAAUUAUAUGCCCCAAGAGUAUCUCCAAUAGAUAAGAACCUUAGUUAAAAAUGUGUCAAAUAUAUCAUAAAUAAAUGUUGUGGACAUUAUGUCAAGUAAAAUUUUGGUUAAUCUAUCUACAUUUGUCAAACAUUUGUCAAACAUGUAGAGAUCAGUACUGAAAUUACACGUCAUUAACCAUAUUAAAAUCGUAUAUAUUUAUAAUUUCAAAUAAUAACAAUAUACUAUUUUUAAAAUAUAUCUGAUCAUUAUAACCAAUUUCAUCGGAAGUUCGACAUAUUUUACGUAAUCAUUAUUUUAUAUGAUUGUAGCCAACUCUAAGAAUAUUAUUAAGAACUCUCAUUCUCAUAACCCAUUUUCCUAAUCCUUGUUAUGAUCUCAUAUGGGCUAAAAAUAGCAUAAGUGUACAAAACCAAACUUCACUCUAACUCUCUAAGGCGAACCCACUUAAAUAAAGCAAACCACAGAAUCAAAAUCAUAACGCGACAUACAUGAAAUAUAGACCAUUAAAAAAGAAUGAAAUGGAGGCCUACACAUUCCAUCCUAGUAUAAUUUCAACCAAUGAAAAUAACCGCUGCUGCUCUCACAAAUCUAAUAACAAAUGGUAGAGCAAACCCUUGGAACAUAUUAAAAGAGAAGAAAGCUACUUUCUUAUAAGUUGCAUUCACCGACUUAUAUUUCAAAUUUUAAGUUAGCAAAUGGAAAUUGACGAAAGUAAGCUGAGAACUUUAAGUAUGAAAGCUUGGAGUUGGGUUGAUAAAAUAAGUGAUGAAAUCGAGAAUGAAAGCACCAUUGUAUGCAGACAUUGUUCAGAACAUAGGCUACGCCAUGGAAUUGCAGAAAGUCCAUUGUUGGAGGAGCAGAAACAAAGGUUGAUAGCCAUUAAAGAUUCGCUCAAAGAUGUCGAUAACAUGCUUGUCGUACUGCAGAGAAUGCAAUCUCACCAACGCCAACAAUGCCAAGAAGCAUUCAUUAAGCUCGAAAAAAGUAGAAAGCAUCUGAUAGAAAACAUAAAACAUUUCCAAGAACAAGGAGGAAAGCUCAAUGUGAUAGAAGAGUUGAAUGCGUGUUUCAGAAACGAGAACACGGAGAAGCAGGUUCACGAACUUAAAGUAGAUGAUGACAAUUCUCGGGUUUUUACCAACUGCGUUAGAGGUUUCUUCAAUCCAUUGAAUUGGCAUGGAACUGCUAAAACUGCAAUAACACUAGCUCUUAUUUCUGUUUCUGUUACAUCAACAUAUAACUUCCGCCAAUCCAGACAGGAAAAUAGAUGUGCAUCAUCUACAGGUUCAGUAAUUGCUAGAAAUUUUGAUUUUUUAGCAAUUGAUUCAGAUAGUCCUAUGGAUGUUUCAUAUGGAAGGGGAUAAUCUUGUAGUAAAUCAGAUACUUGUAUACAUAUAAAUUGAAACAUACAAUAAAAUUAUCUGGAGUACUUGGAUUCAAGUGUUUUGAUAGCAAUAUAGGAUUAAACUUAUGUGCAUAACUGUUGGUAGAAUUGAAAGGGCUAGGUUUUACUACUGACCGUGGCAAUAAGAAU